AUGUUUAAGAGCUGCAGAGAGAAAGAUUUUGAUUUGAUUAUUUUGGCAUUAGCGUAUUUCUAUGAUUCUGUAGAAAUUCCUGAGGAUCCUGGUGCUUUAUUACAAGGUGAAUUUCAAAGUGUUUGCGACAUUUCUGAUUCAUUAAUUGAGUUGGAUAUAUUAUUGAAAAUGUGA